AUGUCUACGACCGCCGCGCUGGAAAUCAUAUCCUCGACAAGUCUGUCGCCAACUGAACACCUAAUUUUGAAAAAUUUCAUUAAUGAAGCUGCGGACUCUGAGCUUGCUGCAAAUUAUUUGCUUUCAAGGAUUGCCCGGGAUACCCCGCUAGAUACAGAAAUCAGUUUGCGUGAUUUCAAAAAGAAUUGGAGACGGUUGGCGACACUGAUUAGCGGUUUAGAUCCAGUCUCUAAACAAUUGGGCGCUUCGGUUCGCCUUAGAGAUGGUCCUCGAUGUUCUAUCACCAAGGAUGCACGCGGUGGCUCGGUGGUUACCGCAGAGCUUGCAUACGUAGUCCCUCCUUCAAUGCUCCAUGAGAUUGAAACGGCAGAAGAGGGACGUCUUCUCAUGAUGCUCGAAGCACAUCUAUCUCCUUCUUACGUCGCCAAACUGCGGACUCAGCUUUCAAGCCAAAUCGAAGAUAAUGAAGCUUCAUUGCGAAAUCUCUGGCUACUAUUGCCAAGCGUUCAUAGGGCUUUUCGAGAGGGCCACGUCUCUGUAAGGCUAACAUCUCAGCCGUUCGGCGACUCCGAAUCUAAGUGCGAGGCAGACGAAGAAAUCCAGGAUGCUUGGUAUACUAUAGAGACCGGUUUCCCCGAGGAGAUCUCGGGCCUUCUCCUCAGAGAUGGGACCACACUUGAAAGCAUGGCACUCUUUAAAUUUUCCACGGCCAAUGCUGAGACUCGACCAAUCCCAGGCGUUUUUCUCUUUAAGAUUCAUCGUCGAUUUGCCAACGCAUUGCAUCUUUUUUAUAUCGAUGAUAAAGCUGCAAGCGGCUGGUCACAACCACCUAGAGACUACUUAUCCUUUAAUAUUCCUAUUCUCCGACAAGCUUUUUACAGAUUAUGGCUUUGCAUACCGUUACAGAUGCGCCUACGGUGCUAUAUUAUCCUCAAGGAUAUUGGAAAUUGGUUAUAUGGCCCUACGUUGGCGCCGUGGGUACAUCGGCUACCGCUUGGGUUAAUGUUGAAGCAGUAUGUCCACUCCCAGCAGAAUGAACCAAAUUCAUUGAGACUCGUCGAACGGUAUACAUCUAUACCAGCACCUAGAGUAGUCGAUGUCGGAGAGUAUGGUGGCACAACAUAUCUGGUGAUGACCCGUCUGCGUGGACAGAUGCUUAACGAAGUCGUCCAUCUAAUGUCUCCCCCCAAUCAAACGGAGUUCUUGUUUUGCAACUCACUAGGAGGCCCGAUUGUCGAUCACCGUAUACCUAAUGGCACCGGAGGGCCAUUUCACUCCGAGUCUGAUUUCAACGCCCAUCUGACAAACCAUCUAGGAUGCUCACCAGCAGAAGUAGUCGGCGAAGAGAACGUUCCACAGGGCCACCACUCGUACUUCACGCAUUCUGAUUUCCACCAUACCAACUUACUCGUCGACCGCGGACGUUUAAGUGGUAUUAUCGAUUGGGAGUGUAGCGGCUAUAUGCCUGAAUAUUGGGACUUCACUAAGGCAAUGUACACUUCUCUUCAGAAUCCUAUUUUUGAAAACAUAUUUCGACGUGCAUUUGGACACCGCUACGAGUCAGAGCUCAGUGGGGAGCGAAAUUUUUGGUUUUACACCCCUUUUGGAGUAUAG